AUGAUCACUGAAAGACUGAGCUCGGCUCUCUCCUCGGCAUUGUCAGCCUCGAUACUGGUUGCACUGCUGGUGGGGUUAGCUUCCCUCCUCCACGCCUUAUACCGAUCUUUACUUGAUGGACACAAGUCACGGCUCAGAACUGAGUCGAAGGAAUCCAACAUAGGACCUGGACAAGGAGACAACGAGAACGCUGUCUCCAAGGAGUCAGACUUUCCACAAGACUGGUGGACUGGCUCUAGUGUGUUUGAGCUGGAACGACGUGCUAUCUUUGCCAAGAAAUGGAUAUAUCUUACACAUCGCAGUCGAUUCUCCAAAGCCGGUGACUACCAUUCGUUUGACGUGGCCGGCAUUCCCAUCUUCCUGAUUUUAGGGAAAGACGGCCUCGUGCGGGCAUUCCAUAAUGUCUGUCGCCAUAGAGCUUACACAAUCACGAGAAAGGAGUGCGGUUCUUCUACGGUUCUUGGGUGUCGAUAUCAUGGUUGGAGCUAUAAUACUCAUGGGCAGCUUAUCAAAGCCCCUCACUUUGACAGCGUGCCAGGCUUCGAUAAAUCGCAAAAUGGCCUGUUUUCAAUCCACACCACUACAACACCUACGGGGUUUAUCUUUGUGAAUCUCGACGCAUCUCCCUCGGUGCGUCCUGUUGAUACAAGUUCUCUUGAUUCCUUUGCGAGAAGACACGGCAUUGGAGGACAGUCUACUUGGCUAGGAGGGCAGACAAUCGAAGGCCAGUUUAAUUGGAAAUUGGGUUUGAGAGCUCAGAGAUUCAUCGACAGUACGAAACUCCAGCACGAACCCCCACAACCAAAGUAUCGGUUUCUGUCGUCGCGCUUGUUCAAUUCUCCGCGAAGGUGCUCGGAAGACAUCAGGGUCUUUCCUUUUACGACCUUCCAUACACUCGAGGGGGCGGCGAUUUGGUAUUCUUUGAGCUUUGUUCCCAUAUCUGCACAAAAGACGUCAGUUCGAUUCGACUUGUACUCACACCGAGAUAUGGGCGGUCCUAGGCGUUCAGCAAUACAAGAUGAUCUAUCUAGCCGAUUGAAAACCGACAUUCAAGUACUGGAGGUAGAAUUUCAAUCUUAUUUCGGGAGUCCGACGCUCCCCGCUGUUAUUUCUUCGGCAUCAAGCCCGGAUGUUGCAGGCACACAGAAAGCGAUCCUCGAUAUCCUUAAACGCCACUCGAAGCUGGAGAAACAACAAGGGACCGAGGUAUUUCCUGCUACAAGGAAUUCUAGAAGAAAUGCAAGAUUUGAGCAGGCUGAACAGCUCUGCAAAGACCUCGAGUGCCAAGACACUUGGAAUCGCAAAAGUCUCGCUUGGUGA